ACAAAACCUCAUCAAUUUUUCAGAUAUCUGCAGUUUCGUUGGAAAUUUUUCAAUCUUCAUUAUUUUUAUGCAAUGCUGUAAUGUUUCUAGCAUGAGUGACUUUUACGUUUGUGUUUAAUAAUGUGCCACACCGAAUUCAUAGUCAUUUCACUUAGUUUCCAUGUAGGACUUGAAUGAAGGUACAAGAGCACUGUGGUUUUUGCGUAACAGACAACGACUCUACAAACGGCUAAAUCAUGAAAAUACACAUUCUAGGGUUCAUUUUAUGUUUCAUCCUGCAAUUUCGCUCAUUUUGCUGUGAAGAUUGCUCCAGUAAAAAUGGCGACUAUGAUACAAAGUGUCCUGGAGAGAAUGAUCCAAGCACGUAUGAUACGUGUUGCUGGAGUAAUUCCACGGUAUUUUGCUGUCCUGCAGUGGACCCUAAUGCAUUUUAUGUCAAUCCUACGUGGGCAAUGAUAAUAGGUCUAAGUGUCAUAGUAUCAUGUAUAGCGAUCGCUGGUUUAUUAAUUCUAUGCUGCUUCUGGUCUCCUUGUCCGUUAUUUGAUAUGUGUCGAAUCAAGUACCACUACGAUGACAUCAUAGCAUAUUCUGAUGAAAAAGAAGAAGAGCCCCUGAACAUGCCGCCGGAAAUGACAGACAAUUCCAAUCACUACUCACCGUGCCACGUUAAGGUGAAAAAAAUAGAAAUCGUCUGACUUCUUACCUACCGUCCAAAGGAGUUUCAUUCUUCUUCUCAAUUGCUUCUUGCCAAAAAUCAAUUUUCAAGGUAUCUGCCGGUACCACCUCUUUCUUCAUUCUUGAAAUUUUGUUCAUAUUUUGUGAUCCCUUUGAUCCAGGGAUAAUACUAUGUAGUAUCAUUUUAUUUUUAUUUGAUUUACAAAAGUCUAUUUUUGCUGUAAGUUUUGACAAAAGUGACUCAUAUCUUACCUUUACUUUGGUCUUACAUUUUACAAGCAAAGUGAAAGGCUCCUCUCUGAACGCAGAACAUCUCAUCUUCAGAUUUUCCCUCAUAUUUUAGAGAAAUUUUCCGCUUAUAUAUUUUGAUAAGUACAUUUGUAGAUAAUUUUUGUCUUUCUUUUUGUAUUUUAAGAUAAUGCUAAAUUACUUUUUGCAUAUCGCUUGUGACUCUGUCUGGUAGAGUAUGAUACCCACUAUCAGGUUGACUUUUAUUUUUGGCUUGUUUUGCAAGCCCUCUCAUUUUUAAUUCCAUUUUUUUUUUUUUUUAUCAACGAACAUUGCAAUCAUUUAUCAAUGUUUAUGUGUGAAGUUCGAAUCCCAAAUUUGCUUUUAAUUCUUGAAACUUUUCAACCUUUUUGAAAAGAAUCAAAAUGUGGGUGAUAAGCUUAUCUGUCGCAAUUUGCAUAUGAAAACGCUUCGCUCAACGUUGCAGCUUUUCUUUGAUCCUCACAGAUUUCUAGUAAAAUUAGGUGGAAAAAUCUAAUCAGCCACUAAAAAUUGCAAUGACAAACGCUGGUAAUGAGUGUUGUGUUUAUCUUGCCGUUCCUCUAUCCUAUUUUAAAAUUGUGAUUUUAUACUCCCUCAGGCAAAAGGAAUAGCACUAUCCAUCCAGUAAGGCCUUUAAGUCCUUUAUAUUGUCUAUUGAUAUUAAAACAAGAGCAAAAAUUGACCUGCUUCCUGUAGUCUUAAGGUAUUUGUAAGUACUUAAGUGUUGAUAUCAUCACUGCAAUACUUUACUUUUAACGAGAAAGCCUGUGAUUAGAAUGUAAGUAAUAGUUUUUCUCUCUACAUCAGUGACUCUCAGCCCCUCGCUCUGAAGAUUCCUUUUAGUAUGGUCUCACUCAUCAACAAGACAAAAGUUUUUAUUUCUUUUAGAAUGUGUUGUAUAGCAAUGGUUAGGAGUUACUUUCUAUCAUUUUUGUCACGGAGAUCAAGUUCUACAUGAAAUUUCGAUGGAGAAACAUGUAUCAUAAUGUCAAUUUGGACGUUGUCUAAAAGUCCACCAAAUUCUGUCACUCAAAUGUGACUAAAAAUCAUUCUUAAUUAGUUAUGAUUGUCUCCGCUAGGAACAUAAGACUAAAACAUCCAUUUGAUAUGCACCCAAAUGUAAUCCCUUUGACGGAGAUCUACAGUGCAGAGGAUGAGAAGAUCUGAUGUAUGUCUAAUUUAUCAUGUACUUUUUUUUUGUUACCAGGAAUUACUCUUACAUACUUAUAUAGGUUGUAUGCCAUGAAAUUAUCUAUGUUUGCUCCUAUGCGGUCCUGUCCAUAAGAUCUUAAAUAUUUAAAUUUUUUAUUUUUACAAUUAUUUAAUUUUGAUAUCUUUUAAAGUGAUAAUAUUAUUGAAAAUAAUGAGUUGCGAAGAUAGAAUAAUUGGUAAAUAAGGGGCUCAUAUUUUCAUACUAGAAAAAACAAGCCAUUCCUAUACAUCAUGGGUAGUAGAAUUACAGAUUUCCAUCCCUUGAUUUCUUCACUGAAGCGCACUCAAUAUUUUACACUGCAGCAUGAGUAACCUUACAUUGUAAAGACAGGUUACUGAUCUUCUAACAGUAAAAGCUUUCUUAGAUUCUGCAAUUGCUUGAAAGAAAAACCAUUUCAAAAAGGUGUUUCACAACAAAAUAUUGUUAAGCUCCAUCAAUAUUCAUCAUUGCACUAGGCACCGUUUUCGAUGUGUUUUUGAGAUGGCCUAAGUUGCAUCUGGUUUCCGUAGUAGUUUUAAAGGUUAUCAUAUUUUCCAAACUUUAAAGUAUUAGCAUGUAUAUUUAUUUUUGGAAAACAAAUUUUUCAGAAGACUUUUAUAAUGCAGUAGAAAUUGGAUACAUCGACCCUCCAGGGACCGGCCUGAUUCAGUCGUUAUAUCCGAUUUUCAUUAUAACCGAUGCACAAAUACUCUGAGUCAAUGGGAUAUCAAUUACAGGACCGACCAGAUCGCUCGUUGUUAUGACCGAUAUGUAGUUAUGAGCGAUGUUGUAAUAUCCGAUUUCCACUGCAUGAAGUGCAGUCUUCUUAGCUCAGGUUUUUUUUGCAAACGUUUGCUCUCUAUUUUUCUGUGAAAUGUAGAAUAGUGAAAAAUCGAUGGCAGAAGUCGCAAAAUGCAUGUUUUAGACUGCAACAUUGCAAGUCUCAAUUUUUCAUUUCUUUUUAAAGGAUAACUGAAUGAACCUGUUGAAAUUUUGUGUAAAUUUCCUUCACUCGUUACACAAAAUUGCAAGGUAAAAUUUUGACUGGUUUUCCUCAAAGGAAAUAAAACAUUGAGAUUUUUAAAAUGUAGCAGUCGAGGUAUGCCUUUUUUGCACUAAGCCAUCAAUGUUUAGAUUUAUAGAAUACUUCCACUCAUUUUUUAACCCCUUUUGAAACCGCAAUAGAAUUUUGAAGCAAUCAGUCAAGUCUAAGUGUUCUGGAAUGUAGUAUCGAUGUUGACCUAACAUUUCAUAUACUGUGCAAAACAUAGAAAUUUUAAAAAUUUGAUUACAAAGGUUUUGAACUUUGUAGAAUUUCCAGGCAUAUUUUUGCUGAUACCAUGCGCUGUCUUUUCAUUUUGAUAGGCAUCCAUCGUAAAAAUGAAGGAUCUCGUAAGAAUUUUUUCUAGCAUCUUUGACAUUUUAUCGUAUUUUUGACGUUACAUUAGUCCCAGGCCUUCCAAUAUUGAACGGUUCUGCUACUAAAUAACAUUGGCCCAAAUAUUUUAAUCCACCAUCCUGAGACCUCAAUAAGUCUUUGUGGCCGUCAUAACAUGGCAAAAGUUUUUUCAACAAGUCAUAAUGCUGGUUGUGGUUAUUUAUGAGUUGUUAAAACGCAAUUAAGAUCUGAAUCAAUACUGGAACGGUAGAUUUAUUUGUGGCCAAGGUUUUUUAAAGUAAAUUUUUACAAUUUAUUUUGAUCAGCUAUAUCAAAAUUUUUCUUAUGUUUUAUCAUAUUCCCAAAAUUGUCCUUGAGGAAACUAUCUUUCCAAAUCCCUUCGAGGUGACAUUACUGUACAUAUUAAUGUGUCAAUUCAAUAAACAUUUCAUCUCCUCUAAAAGCCAUUUGUGAAGUGCCAGUAAGGAUAGAUGUCGCCUCUCUGAUGUAAGGGUAUAUCUCAAUUUCCUCACAAUUCCUUUUUAACGUAUAAAUCCAUGCUUUCUGGGGCUCAUAGGGACAUUGAGUUACGCCCUUACUUUAGAGGAGCGAUGACAGGUCCGCAUCGUAUCUCUGUAUAUUGUUGGGUAGGCAUGUGCCCAUUGUAUUUGUGUAGGUGGCACCGGUUAUUGUAUCAACAUGUUCUGAUCGGCUGCCAUGCAUUGAAAUUUUUAUACAUUUUUAUCCCACGGAGGUGGAUUUAUUUUUUUACAUUGCUUUGGUCUGCAGCUUGAUGGCUUGCUCAAUUUUCAUUCGCUACUUUUUUUCUCUUUAAUGCUGGCGAUAUAUGCAGUGUGUUUAUGAAAUUACUUUCUUUAAAAAAAUUCCCUGUUUUUUGACUAGUCUUCGUCCCAAGAGUCAUCCUGGCCUUGAAAGAAUUAUCCUAAAUAUUGAAUAAUGAAGUCUCAUUUUUUUUUCUUUUGGACGAAUUUUUAUUUUUUUCGCCCUCUUACUUUUUUAUGAAUCAAGUUAUACAAAUUAGUACAUGUUAUGUUGCACAAUCUAAAAGUUUUGAAUUUUGCGACAAGAUCAUGUGUUCUCUGUUUUUUUUUUUCUCCCGAAACUCGCAGCCUCCAUGGUUCAUUUUAUUAAUUAGAACGCUAAUUGAUUUGGAAUGUAUCUAAUUUUUUUCUCUUUUUCAACUGUCCCAAGAUUGUGUGGUAAUAUUUCCCUCUCUAAGAUGCAACUAUUAACUCGAUCAAUACUUCCACUACUUCCAUAUGACAAACAAAAUCCCCAAUGAAUGUAAUUCUAUGUUUAAAAUUUUCCCUAUUGUAAAAAAAAAAAAUACGAUUUACUGUUGAUCUUUGCCCUACAGUAUAUCAGUCAGUACCUUAAACUUGUAACUAUUCAUUCCAUGCCACAGUUACCUAACUUUUUGGUUUAUAAGCUUGUAUCCUACUUUGAAACGGAAAUCAAAUUUGUGCGCACAGCUGCCAAAUCAAUACAUAGUUUUAAGUUCAUAAUUUUAAAUUUUUAGUACCCAAGUCUCGUCAACACCAUGCAGUAGUAAUUAUAUCAUUAGGCUGAAAACAUUUUUCUCAUUUUCUUCAACUUAAUAAUUUCAUCAAUAACAGGCAUAGUGUUUAAUCUUGAAAAUUGAGUCAGCUGCGGCAUUUUUUCUAAGCACCGAAGACAAUGUGCAGCAUAACAGGCUGUACCAUCAACACUGGAGUAUUGCAUGUAUUGUUUAAGAGACAGCAGUAGUGGUAUCUGCCGCAGCGGUUGUCAGAAAUAAAAGUGCAAAUAAUUCGAAAUCAACUUUUUUGUACUUAGCCUGUUAUUGAUGAUAUGUAAGUGUUUAAGUAAUCAUAUAUGUGGUGUAGAAUUUAGGAAUCAAAUUAUGAACCAUGCUAAACAAGAAUCAAUUAAUUUUCAGGCCUGUACAUACCACUCAAUUUUCUCUUGAAAUUUUUCCUUUUUCAUGGUUUUAAAUUCUCAUGCAAUUCAGAAAUUUUAUAUUGAAAUGAAAAAAAAGAAGACGAAAAAGAAUCUAUGUCUUCUAGCAAAAGUUAGUUGUGGAAUGUGUCAAAAGUUAAGUGACUAGUGUGUAUAUUGCAGCACCAAGAAUUAUUGAGGACUCAUUAAUGAUAGUUUCAUGAGAUAAUAAUAAUGGACAAAGUACAGAGCCUGCAAAUAUGCACAUAUUGGAAUAAAAAA